CUGCACGAUUUUACGCACAAAAUAUCCUUCAGCUGAAAGUGGAAUGUAUUCUAUAAAACCACAAGGACUCUCUGUUCGAGUAUUUUGUGACAUGACUUCAAAGAAUGGUGUUGGUGUGACAGAGAUUGGACAUGACAGUGAAUCAAGAACUCUUGUGAGUGGAUGUGAACCUGAAGGUUGUUACAAGAGAACGAUUAAAUAUGAAAUUUCAAUGGAGCAGAUUGUUGCCAUUAUGAACCAGUCCAAGAAUUGUGAACAGUUUAUAAAGUAUGAAUGUUACGAAAGUAUGUUUCUAAACUCUGGUUAUGGUUGGUGGGUAUCACGUCAAGGUUCAAAGAUGAAUUACUGGGGUGGAGCGGCAGUCGACAGUGGAAAAUGUGCCUGUGGAAUGAACAACAGCUGUGCAGAUGGAAGAAAAUGUAAUUGUGACAGGAAUGACUACACAUGGCGUGAAGACAGUGGAUACCUGACAGACAAGAACACGCUGCCUGUUACUGAACUGAGAUUUGGAGAUGCUGACGGUGUUUUAUUGUCAAACGGACAAAGAGAGUCAGGUUUUCAUACACUGGGAAAAUUACGUUGCUGGGGUUAA